AUGGCAUUGGUCACAAGAAGCACCGAAAACACCCAAAUCAGUUGCGCAAUUAAGGCAAGCAAUGAACUUGUAAAAAAUUUACACCGUGAUGGAUUAGAUCGUGGAUGUAUAGCAACAUUUAAUAGUAGAAUGAUUGUGAGACAGAACUUCACUAGAGAUGAAGCAUCACUUUACCGUUCUCUUAACGGGUUAAGGAACUACGUUAGUGGUUCCACUCGUCUCUAUGAUAGUAUAGUCGACAUCAUAAAAACCUUUCAUUCUAGUGGUGAUCGUACUCGUCCCUGGAUUUUGGUUGUUGUAACUGAUGGUGAUGACACUGGCAGUACUCUUAGUUUACUUAAGUGUGCUAGUGAAAUAUCCCGAUUAUUUACAAAAGAUUCUAGUAAUUUUUUGUUUGUUGUGGGUGUCGGUGACGAUGUGAAUUCAACCAAGAUGGAACAGAUGGCAGAUGCUGGCAACUUCAUCUAUUUUCCUGUUAAAGACUUUUUCCUUCUUGAACUCGUAUUCCUGACUAUCGCCCAUAAAAUCACUACCUCUCUAUCUCUCUCUCUUGGCAGUCUUUCUGUCGGUAACUAUAACGCUUCAUGGGCUGAAGUUCAAAGACAUAGAAAUCUCUGCCAAGUCGCGAUUGAUUAUGCAUUCUAG